CUUCCGCGGUUUUUAGAAGCUCCGCCGUCUUCUCCCGCCAUUCCCAAAAGGCCAAAGCCCCAUUCUCUCUCUCUCUCCCCCCCUCGCCUCUCCUCCUCCCUCUCUCUCUGUUUCUCUUCAAUCUUCAUUCUAUGCAAUUAGCCCUUGUCUAAAGGGCUUUUCUUGGCGAACGGAUAUGAUUAUCUCGUGUUCUGUUGGCUGAUUUGAUGGGAAGAUUGAGAGACUAGGGUUUUGAUCUGCUGUUCUUUUGGCUGGAGUAUUCUGGAAUUGAGGACUGGAGAAGAGAGAAAUAUAAGUUUCAGCUGCGAAAAUAAGGAGAAAGAAGAGCUCAGGAAGAAGUUUUCUUCCUGUAUUUCAUGUGCAAAGAGAAAGCUAUCGUUCCAGAAAAAAAAGCAUCAUCAAGAUUCUAGAGAUGGAAACUGAACUGAUAGAUGGUGUAGCAGACUCCCAGUCUUCCAAGGUCUCCUGCUUGGAGAAAGGUAGGGUUUUGGAAGGCAACGAUAUUGGGGAUGGAAAAAUGGGUUCCGGAGUUAAGGUGGAGAAAGAGGAGAAUGGAGUUAAGGUGGAGAAAGAGGAGAAUGGUGAAAUUUUAGUUUCUCGCCAAGCUCCCUGUUCGAAGAAAGUAAGUGAUUCAAAAGGUGAAGUUGCUGGGCUCCUCAAACUUAGCAAUGGAAAAUACCUCGGUCCGGCUACCCCUUUUAUGGAUAGAGAAAUAAUAGAGAUUUCAUCCUCUUCUGAUAAAAAUGAGGAGGAGGAUACUGUUCUGGGCUGUGAAACUCCAACUGAAAGCAUAUUUGAUCCAUUUGCUCCCGGCCCAGAAGAUUUGAUGCUUGCACCGAAAAAGAAGAUAAUGAGGGAAAGUAAAAUCCCUCUUCGCCGGCAGCUAAAAUUUGACUCCAGUGAAUCCAUGGAGACUGCAGAAGCCAAUGCCUAUGAAGAUGCUGCAGAGGAAGAGCGCCUCUUGGAAUGUAUCUGUAAGUCGUUUAUUGAUCUGAUUGUUUCAAGUGAGGUCAGGGAGAUAUCUGCUCAGAUGUUGCCUGUUGAAUGCAAUCCUUCAGAAGGUUCCAAGACGCCCACUUCUUUACCUGUCCUAACUGGCGUUGCAGAGACAUGUCCAGCUGCACCUAUUAGGCCACCUGCUUUGAAGGCAAGGAGGCUUAGCCCGGAAAUAUGUCAAAAGCUGGACUUUGGAACUAAGUUGGGCGGAACCAUGUAGCCUUUCUCAUGGAUGUCAUAGGUGGGGGAUGGAAGAAGGAUUCUGUUACAGAGUUCUUUUUGCUGUUAAUGUAAAUAAUUUGUUUUAGAUACAGGAUACUAGUGUCUGGUGAACUUAAGUGUCAGUUCAGUGUUGGUCGAUUGUUGCUAUACCUGUCUGUUGCAGAGGUUCUGUGCCUGGAGGAUUGUCGUUUCCUGGGUGAAGCUUUCAAUUUUAUCUGCUUUGGAGUAUCUGUGUUGGUGGGUUUUAUUUUGUCGGCUAAUGCCAGGAGCAGCAUGUCCGUGAUCAUGUCCAUAGCAUUGAUCUUGUUGACUUUAACCAGGCUUUGAAGUCAUAGAUGUGGCAUAAUGUCUAGUUGAAAUUAUAGAUGUCUUUUGCUUUCACCUGUGAAACAUCCAAAUGUUACAACUCUUUUCGGUGUUUAUAAGUAUACUUUUGUGUUUAUGAUUUGUCUCCUUUUUAAA